AUGUUCGGCAAACAGAAGGCAAACGAGGAAUCAGAUUCGGGGCCCUCGAACAACAUAUCUGCCGCUCAAAUUCAGCAAGAUCACUUGACACGGUUAAGGCAAUUUGAGCGCCAGACAGCUGUUGAACGACAAGAAAGUGAUCAUGUCAACGUUGAUGAUGAUGAUGAUGAAUACCACAAUGUCGAUGAGUCGGCAGCAGACAAGAAAAAGCGGAAAAGAAAAGAGGCUGUCGCUCUCGCGAAGAUAAAGAAAAGCAAAGAAUUCGCUCGUCGUAAGGCUCAAGGCGCAGGCGAAUCUGAUAACGAUGAUGAUAUCGCCCGAGAGAUGAUGUGCGAGAAUUCUCAGCCCUUUGCAUUUCAGCUAGAAAACUGUGAGAUAUGUGGCAAACGCUUUACAGUAACCCCUUACAGCAAAGCUGGUCCCCAUGGAGGCCUCCUUUGCGCGAAAUGUUCGAAGGAGCUAGCGGAUGAUGAGAAGAAGCCCAGAGCUAAUAGGCGGGGCCCAAGAAGUGGUCGUCGCCAGAAGCAAAGUAAUCUGCUCGAUGGGUUUGCUCAACCGGGCGCUCCAAGCCUAGCGGAGAUGUGUACGAAGAAAGUAGCUGACAACAUCAACGAUAUCGAAGAAUUUGGAGAUUUGCCCCCGCAAUUGCUUCAUCGUCUCGGUCAGAUUUUGUGCAAGAGGCGUGUUUUGACUUCAAGAACUCUUAAUUUGUUUCUUCGGUCGGAUCUUAAUUUCAUUGACAUCUAUGAUGCUGCAAAGCUUGAAACACAGGACUUCGAAAAGAUCUUCGCUUUUAUGCCUAAUCUAUAUCAUGUGAACUUUCGCUUUGCUAGUCAAAUGAAAGAUAAGGUGGUUGAAUACCUUUUGGAUCGCGAUUUGAGGAUCAAGCGCUUGCAGCUAGAUGCCGCAAAUUUGAUAUCAGAUGCAUGUUGGCAGCAGCUGUUUCGAAAACUGGGACCCCAAUUGGAAUCUCUAAAGUUAUCUAAUCUCGAUUCCUCCUUUGACGACGAAACAGUGGAAGUGAUGUGCAGGGAGUGCACAGCGCUUCAACGGUUGAAAUUGAAGCAGUGCUGGAAAAUGGGCAAUCGCUCUCUCCGAGCCAUUUCCGAGCUGGUAUCUUUACAGCACUUGUCUUUGAACUUUGUUCAGGAAGUGAAUAAUGAGAUUCUCCUCAACACAAUUUCAAAGACCAGCCCACAUUUGCGGACGUUGUCCUUGGAAGGGAUAUCUACCGCAGAUGACCGUCUCCUAGAUAUCAUACAUGUCAAUUGCCGCGCCUUGACGAAGUUUCGCUUUUCUGACAACGCAGUGUGUAGUGACAGAGGCUUCGUCGCUCUCUUCACUGACUGGAGCAACCCACCGCUGGAAUUUGUGGACCUUUCAUCCACGAGAGACGUUGACAAUUCGAACCCUGAUGGACCUGCGGAUGCGAUUGGCCUUGCAUCCCAAGGUUUCAUGGCUCUCAUGAACCAUUCAGGGCCCGGGCUACAGAAAUUAAAUAUCGCAUCCUGUCGCCACGUGUCCCGCUCUGCUUUUGAAGAAGUUUUCGCGGCCGGGAAAACGUACCCCAACCUCGAGGAAUUAGACGUGUCCUUUCAUACAGUCGUCGAUGACUAUGUUGUUGGUCGGAUCUUUCAGUGCUGUCCCAAACUCCAGAAAUUGGUUGCUUUUGCCUGUUUCAACCUGCGAGAUGCUCAGGUUCCGGCCGGAGUUGCUCUGAUUGGCGGAUUGAGGGCCCAAGACCCCAUUGUACUUCAGGGCCAUCACUACUAG